GUGACAAAAUGGAGGCGCGGUGGCUUCAACACAACACCCCUAACAUUAUCUAGUGUAUUUAUAUUCCUCGUUGAAUAGAACCACGCGGACGACUUUGUCUCUCUCUUUUUAAAAAAUGAGGUUUCCCCUAAUCAUUCGUCAGAAGUUGGAUCAAAACAUUUUUUUUCCGUAAGGGGUAUUUCAGUCACUCGUCUAUUUAUUCAAGUUGUGGAAACUUAACUAGUUGCGGUCAGUUAGUGAACUUGGAUCGCGUCUUGCCGCUUUACACUCGGUUCGGGGUUUCGGGAGAGAACUAGGAUGUCGGCGGUGAAAGCGCUGCAACAGUGGUGUAAGAUCCAGGUUCAGGGUUACAGAGAUGUCACGAUCACCAAUAUGACCACCUCUUUCAGGGACGGGAUGGCUUUCUGCGCCCUCAUUCACCGAAACAGACCCGACCUCAUUGACUUUGAUUCCCUGAUGAAGGAGAAUGUCUAUGACAACAACCACCUGGCGUUCCGGGUAGCGGAGGAUGAGUUGGGGAUUCCAGCUCUAUUAGAUGCUGAGGACAUGGUGGCCCUGAAGAUACCAGACAGACUCAGUAUUCUGACAUAUGUCUCACAAUACUACAACUACUUCCAUGGCAAAUCACCUAUUGGCGGCAUGGCGGGGAUAAAGCGUCCAGCGGAGGCAUCCACAGAAGAGGGGCCUUCUGGGAAAAAGAACCAAGCAGUUGUCUCCAAGGUCUUCCCCGCCUCUACCCCCUCUAAAUCCGCUACUGAGAACCGCCCUCCCCCCUCCUCCUCACCUAAAGCCUCAACCAGACCAGACAGGGCAGCACAGAAGGAUGUGUUGUCGGAGCGAUCCAAUAAGACUGGGACUCUGAGCAGUAAGUGUUCCGUGUGUAAUAAACACGUUCAUCUGGUCCAGAGACACCUAGUGGAUGGGAGGCUGUAUCACAGGAGCUGUGCCAGGUGUAGUGAGUGUUCCACCACUCUACUGUCUGGUAACUGUAAACCUGGACCAACACCAGGCUCCUUCAUCUGUACCUCCCACCACCAUCACCAGGGGGCGCUGCCAACACACACCCCUCUCCGAGACCUGCCCAAAAACAACCCUACUACCCCUUCUUCCUCCAAAUACACCUCUCACCCUCCUCCCACUGUCAAGACCACCCCUCUCUCAUACCUGCCCAAAAACAACCCUACUACCCCUUCUUCCUCCAAAUACACCCCUCACCCUCCUCCCACUGUCCAGACCACCCCUCUCUCAUACCUGCCCAAAAACAACCCUACUACCCCUUCUUCCUCCAAAUACACCCCUCACCCUCCUCCCACUGUCCAGACCACUCCUCUCUCAGACCUCUCCAGGAAUACCCCCGGAGCCAAAUACACAGACCCCCCGAAAUCCACCCCAGCUCCGACACCCACCAGUACCCCCUCCAAAUUUGUCCCUAGCUGGCUGAGCUCCAAAUCAGAUGGAUCCAAAAGCACCACCCCCUCUGCCUCCUCCUCGCGGCCCAGCCCGGGGCUCUCCUCCCUGGGCACAGUGAGCCCUGCAGCCCCUGGACCCACCGCAGUCCCACGGAACUUCAACACGACUUCAACUACCCAGCAGGCCCGGCUCCAGUUCUUCCAAUCUGGGAACACCACCACUGGGCAGGAGAACCAGGGCAAGACCCAGACUCCGGGACAGGCACCGAGUCUACCCACAAAUAGAGUCCCGAAUGCUGGCACACAGGGGACAGGAGUGGGGGUUGGCCAGGGUGUGAGUGUGGUAGUGAGUUUGGGUGGCAGUGGGGUAGGGGGUAAGGGAGAGGGUAAGGGUGUGAAUGUGGUGCUAGGUGGGGACAGAGAUGUGGUUCAGGGUAGAGGUAGAGUUGUCUUCAAGGUGGAUAGUGAUGUGAAAGUCUCUCCAUCUAAAGAAGACUGCAGUACCAAGAUCCAGGCUGCUGCUGUCAUCACUAAGAAACUAACAGAGAACACUACAACAACAGCUGGUGCUGUCAUCACUAAGAAACUAACAGACAACAACACCACAACAACAGCUGGUGCUGUCAUCACUAAGAAACUAACAGACAACAACACCACAACAACAGCUGGUGCUGUCAUCACUAAGAAACUAACAGACAACAACACCACAACAACAGCUGGUGCUGUCAUCACUAAGAAACUAACAGACAACAACACCACAACAACAGCUGGUGCUUCAAGUCCUCCGUGGCAUCCUGUAGGACUGAAGAAGACAGAGAACAGAUCUCCCUCUCUCAGACCUGCCCCUGCUGAAACGCCUAAGAAAGAGACGGAGACUCCUAAAAAGGAGACUGGGGGCAGAGUUAAGCUAAAAGCAGACCCGUCUCUCCUCGCCCCCCUCACCCCCAACACCUCCACCCCGACCCCGGCCAGCAGAACAGGCCUGUGGAACAAAACCCUGGAUAAGGCACCCGGAGCUGCUUCUCCCAGCAACACUAUGGCAACAGCAGACAACAGCAGCUCUCCUGCUGACUGGCGAUCCAGGCUCAAACCUGCCUCCAAGCCUGUAGGACCUAAAGACUCCUCUCCCCUCCACCCUGCCAUUCAGAAGGCUGAAACCCUGUCUCGGCCCUGGGCGGGUGGAUCAGGAAACGCCCAGGCUUCAGCCCCUGCUGGGUCUACUCUGGCCCCCUCCAGCCCCCCAGAAGCCUCCUCACCCAGCCCGCUGAACACCGGCCCUGGGACAUGGGGCGUCCUGACAGGGAAGAGCUCAACGACAGCUAACGGCUCCAACACAGACACCAAGACACCUAAACCAAGUAAACCGGACUACAUCCCGAAGGAAGAGAUCCUCAGAGAGCUUCAGGAGAUAGAGGACAAUGUUAAUGAGUUGGAGAGGACAGGAGUGGAGCUGGAGAAACAACUACGCUCCUGUGAAGAGGAGGGAGAAGAGGACGUGGUGAUGGAUGACCUGAUGGUGGAAUGGUUCAACCUCAUCAGAAACAAGCAGGUGUCCAUGAGGAGAGAGUCUGAACUGGUCUACAUAGCGAAGACACAGGACUUGGAGGAACAGCAGCCCAGUGUAGAGCAGGAGCUGAGGAGACUCAUGGACAAACCUGAGCGGCUGAAGACGUUGUGGGACCGUCGUAGAGAAGAGGAGUUGAUGGUCAAGCUGGUGGAGAUCGUCAAUGACAGAAACGCCAUCAUAGACGGACUGGACGAUGACAGACUCAGGGAGGAUGAGGAAGAUGAGCAGCUCAAUAAGAUGAUGAAGACCCUAGACACAAAGAAAGAAAAGAAGAAGAAGUCUAGCUUUAAGUUUUUUGGUAGGAACAAGAAGGAGGGAUGAUCCCACAGGGAGGAACUCUGGGACACACUGUUACCCUCCUUGAGGUGUGGUUAUCACUGUUACCCUGCUUGAGGUGUGGUUAUCACUGUUACCCUCCUUGAGGUGUGGUUAUCACUGUUACCCUCCUUGAGGUGUGGUUAUCACUGUUACCCUCCUUGAGGUGUGGUUAUCACUGUUACCCUCCUUGAGAUGUGGUUAUCACUGUUACCCUCCUUGAGGUGUGGUUAUCACUGUU